UGUUAGGCUGUCACUGGCCGGUGCUCGUGUGUUCAGGCAGCAGACGGCGGCCCCAUCUACCGUUUACCUCCGUUCAUUUCACUUCUCCCUCUCCUUCUCAUUUUUUAUUGUUCAGCCCGUUCUCUUUUGUAUCCGGCUCGGCGAAAUGUCCGCCAGACCAGGAUUUUACCGACAGGAGCUAAACAAGACUGUGUGGGAGGUUCCGGAGCGGUACCAGAACCUGACGCCGGUGGGCUCCGGAGCUUACGGCUCCGUGUGUUCAGCAUAUGAUGUUGUCUUACGGCAGAAGGUUGCGGUGAAGAAACUGUCCAGGCCUUUUCAGUCUCUGAUCCACAGUCGCCGCUCCUACCGGGAACUCAGGCUGCUCAAGCACAUGAAACACGAGAAUGUAAUAGGGCUGCUGGACGUCUUCACACCUGCUGCUGCAUUAGAGGACUUCAACGAACUCUACCUGGUGACUAACCUGAUGGGUGCAGACCUCAAUAACAUCGUUAAAUUUCAGAGGCUGUCGGACGAGCACGUGCAGUUCUUAAUUUACCAGCUUCUCCGUGGCCUCAAGUACAUCCAUUCAGCAGGAUUGAUCCACAGAGACCUCAAACCAAGUAAUGUGGCAGUCAAUGAGGACUGUGAGCUGAGGAUCCUUGACUUUGGAUUGGCCAGGCAGACAGAUGAUGAGAUGACAGGGUAUGUGGCAACACGCUGGUAUCGAGCACCGGAGAUCAUGCUGAACUGGAUGCACUACAAUCAGAAUGUUGAUAUUUGGUCAGUGGGAUGCAUUAUGGGAGAGCUGCUGAAGGGAAAAGUCCUUUUUCCUGGCACUGACUAUAUUGACCAGCUGAAGAGAAUCAUGGAGGUGGUUGGGACUCCAACACCCGAUCUAUUAAAGAAGAUCUGCUCUGAACAUGCGCAGAAGUACAUCCAGUCCCUGCCCUUCAUGCCGCAGCAGGACCUGGAAAAGAUCUUCAGAGGAGCAAAUCCGCUAGCUGUUGAUCUAUUGAAGCGCAUGCUGGUUCUGGACUGUGAUGGGAGGAUCUCGGCCAGCGAGGCUCUCUCCCACUCCUACUUCUCACAGUACCAUGAUCCAGAUGAUGAGCCAGAGGCCCCACCUUAUGAUCAAACGCUGGAGAGUAAAGACCGAACUCUAGAAGAAUGGAAAGAGUUGGUAUUCGAAGAGGUGAACAGCUUCAAAGCAUCUGGCAGCAAGACUGAUAGCCUUCAGGUGGAGCAGUAAUCCCCUAGUCUUUACCUGAAGAAGGACCACGUACUCAAUGAGUGGGAGAAGGACUGUGGCAAGCCAGCUGAUAGAAAAACUCUGCGUUCCCUCUGCUCAAUGUGACUGUGUUUGAUUGCCUGUCAUGAGUUUAUUUGAGCAGCAGGGAAAAGGACGGUCUUCGCAGGAUCAAAUGCACACAUUGCAAUUACAGGGAGAAUUUUAGAAUCUGAUAGAAGGAGCUUUCCAGUCCAGAAAGUUGCUUCCUCUUAUGUUUCCGCCCAGUGAGGUUAAAAUGAGGAACCAUAGCAACGCCAAGGUUCACAGAGAACGUGAGGAUUCAUACGAGGGAGCAACUUAACGGAGCUGAAGUGUUUACAGACUGAUAGAAGGGUUUCAAAGGAAGAAAAAACGCACACUAGGAUUUCCAAAGCGACAACAGACUGUCGUCUGGCCCCUCAUUAUGACAAAUGCUAUAAGCAGUCACUGCUUUCAUAUAUGGAAUUCAUGUUUAAAGGCUUGCAACAAUGCCACGUCAUGCCACAGAACAGCUUGGCACUUCGCCUGCAUAUUACUGCAUGAUUUAUGUGCAUUUUAUUAUUACAGAAUAUUACCAAUGCUGUAUUGUAACCAUUAAGACUGCUUAUUGCAUCUGCCACACUGCUGUAAAAAUCAUCCUGAGGGUCAGACAGGCAUUACCAGGAAAUGUGACCAACUUUCAACCUGUUUUAUCUUCAUAAUUUCCUCACAGUAAAAGAAAACAACAAAAGCAAACAAAAACUACUGCUCUUCCUCGGAUGAAAGUCAUCCUCUCCUGCUUACAUAGUAAACACCAACUGUGCUAUUAAUUAGCAAGGUAAUUAAUAUACGCCAAAGCUGGAACAGAGUGACUGUGUUGCAGGUCUGUGUUUACAGUGUGACCUCGCUUCUCAUAUACAGCUCCAUCAGGUUUCUGUAGUUCUCUGCUGCCCUGGUUUGUGUUUACAAUAAUUAAGAUUACGGGCAUUUUGUAAACUGUUAGAAACAGUUCCCAGACAGUAUGUAACUGUGCUGGACGAUAAUAUAUUACUCAACUAGUAGCUCCAUCCAAGCAAUGACUGGUCAAACACUCCAGGGUGAUGAUUCCCAUAAAGCAGCUAUAUUUGGCUGCUUGUGGCACACAGGGAGCUCAUUAGUGAUCUUUCAUGUUUCCUCAGCUUCUUUUAAGUUUUCAUGACGCCUGAGUGUUAUAAAGAAAAAAAUGAUUGUAAACAUUCAUUAGCAAGCAUAGUAUACAAGUACUGGGGAUGUUCUUUACCUCAAUUGUGGGUAUAAUUGUGGGCGUUAUACCUUACUGCAACAUUAUUAUACCCAUAAUCGCCUUAAGGAAGGCCCUCACAGGUAACAUUUGUAUAAGCAGCAUGAUCUCAGUGCGUAUGCAGAUAAUUACAUGAAAUGACUGACUUCCUCACUGAAACUGUGUCAUUCAUCUUGCAGCAGCAGACUGGAGUUUUAGUUCUGCAUACUUCUUGCUGAGGUAGAAAAAAAUACACCACAGGGCUUAAUCUGAAGGUCAGUGAAAAUGCCAAGAAGUAAAAGAGCACAGAUUUUAUGAAGUCUCUGAUAUUCACUAAAGAAAUACAGUCUAGGACCUAGUCUUGGAUAAUAGAUGGAUGAUUGGAUAAUAUCUGAUCAUGUUUAAUGGGAUUCUAUUUGUGAGCACGCCUAAGAUACAUUUACUGUCAGAAGAAUUGUGUCUCAGUUGCUCCAUUUGGUGUUUUGAAACAGAUUCACAAAAGUGGCGAGGUUAAAUACAUCAUCAAGCCACAAAUCUAAUUGUCAGCUUCAAAGAGAAUAAAUAACCUGAAGUACAUUAAAUAAUAAGAUGAACACAAUAAAAAGUAAACUAAGACAACGUUUUAUAGAUACCAGAUGACAUUAGGGGCAAAAAAAAUUUUUAAAAAUCAGGAUUACUAAUAAAUCUGACUAUAUAUAUAUAUGUUUGAUAGGUUAGUUAGUUUGUCUAUCUGACCGAAUACAAAGUAACAGCUCAAGUAGUUCUUUGGGUUAGCUAAAGAUUCAAGUGAGCUCUGAUUUAAAGGUUAAAACCAGUUGUGUUUUAAUGUAUACCUUGGUGUGCUCCUUCAUAGGACUGCAAGCUGAAUUGUAGUUCCUUGGCUCAAUCCACUCAGUUUGACUCAGCCAAGGAAAUAAUUUACACUAAAACUUCAAGUUGUCAUCAAGAAAUUAUUUUUGAGGAAAACACAAAAUAAAAUCUAGUCUGUUUUUUUUUUUCUUUUAAUGGUUCACACUGGAGCGCUACAUGUAGCCUUUUGUGCAAGUCGUCCAUUAACACUGGAUGCAAAAUGUUGAAUUUAAAGUCCAAAAGAAUCCAAACUGUCUGAAUGUUAAAGUAUUAUGUGCUUAUGUGGAUGUCGUAUAUGUGUUGGAUUUGAAUAGCAAACUGCAAAUCGAAUGUAUACGUAUACUUUUAUGUAUGUAUGUUACAAGUUAAAAUUGUCUUUUGAAUACAUGGUGGCAUGUGAUUCAACAGUAGCCAUGGGCUUCAAAUCCCUAAACAGAAUGUCAUCUCUCGUUUUUCAGAUGAUUUUUCUCAUUCAUCAACGGGUAACAUGACUUGGCAAGUUUUGGCUUCAGUAUAUUUCUUCUAUUAAAUAUUCUCUACAA